AUGAAUUUGUGGAAAGGCACCUAUCAUUUGUUGUAUUGCAAUGAUAACAAAUUAAUUUACGACCUAAACUUGAACGAUAGUAUUCCCUGGACAAAACCUAUUGGAUUUCACAGGUUGAACGUUGGAAAAGGUGAUUUUGUCCUUGCACGAAGGAAAUCUUUUGCUUUGAGAAGUUUGCCGAUAUUCUUACCUAAUACCUUAGUCGGUUCAUUAUACUGUGGCGACUCACUAACAAAAUUUCAAAUGUACAACAACACAAACUCUCCGUUGAAGUCAAUACCGUUGAUUGCUGCGAACAUGUUACAUAAUUGGUGUGAAGUGAGUUACAAGUUGGAUUUGGUGUAUCAUGUGCCAAUUUUGACUACUCCGGGGAUAGACUCGAAAUACUAUAGUUUUGGAUUCUUUGAUGCAAAGCGGAAAGGCAAUGACUGGGACAGGUAUAUUUUAAUGCUGGAGCAAUACGAUUAUAAUCAUGAUUCACGCAUACCCUUGAGAAAAGCCCUAGAUACAGUCUUGAACCAGGUUGACAAAUUCACCGAAGGACACAAGGUGUUGAAAGUAAAGUUGAAACGAACAAAAGCGGUCCAAAGGGUUACCAAGCUUUGGUGGAGCUUGAUUGUGUUGUCCAAAUUCGUUUGCAAGGAUACAUUCAUCAAAUUGAUCACUAAAUUAGAUCAACUUUUACAAUGA